UCAGUUUCGACAUAAGUGCCCUCUUCUCCUCCAUUACCAUCUCACUCUCAGCUCCCUGCCACCGCCACUCUCAACUCGACUCCUCUAUUUCGCGGCUCAUAAGUCACCGCACACAGCGGCCGAAGGUUUUGUCAUUGACUUUCACCUAUAGCCUUUUAUUUCCACUUCUGUUCGCAGGCUGCAGCCUUACCUCUCCACUUGUCUCAAACCACAAAGCAAACUCACCUCUCAGUUCUCAUCGUCCUCACCUACAGCCGUCCCAAUGAUUUGUUAUUUACCACAUUGCCCCUAAUCGCUGGUCCUCACCACCUAGCAUAUAACUUCUCACUGUUGUAUCUGAAAUCUCUGGGCAAAAAAGGGGAACCGAGGGGAAGCAACGGUUGAGAAACAAAUCCUCAAAUGAUUGCUUUGCUACAAUGCUGAAAAUAUGAAAGCAGCAAAAAGUUGACGAGGUUGAUCUAUGUAUAUGGUUCUAAAGGGGGAAGUUAAUUUAACGGCUUAAGAACAAGUAAUGCAUAAAUUUGUGAAGAUUCUGAAGAAGAAACUUGAAUUUAACCACACAGAGGUUGUGGUGAUUAUCUUCCAAAAUCCAGUGAAUUUAACAAUUCAGAGAGCGGAGAUGAUGUUUUUGGGAUGUGGUGGUGGUUAUUACUCAUUAGAUGUUCUGUGGGUUUAAGAAAGGUGUUUGGCCAGAUUUUGGGACUGUCGAGGCAAUACAAGGGGAAAAAGAGGUGAUUAUUGUCUCAUGUAGUCAUAUGAUACCUUGUGUUAAAAUGUAUUCUGAGGUGUUCAAAAUGCAUUCGACAUACUAUCUUGAUAUUCAAAUUUUAUAUAAAAGAAAACUGAAUUGAUGAUUGCUUCAAUAGUACAAAACUUAGUUCCUGAAUUUUCCAUUGUUUUCCCAUCUCAUGCUAUGAGUACAUUAUGAUAUUCUUCCUGCUUCUCAUUUCUCAUUCUUUGUUACCACCUCUUUUUUACAGGCUCAAAUUUGAAAAUUGUAGGAAUAUGCUAAGCUCCAUAUUGUGAUUAACAGCAUGUUUGUCCAACACCUUAAUCAUUGCAAUCAUAGGUUGAAGUCAAUAUCAUCACCUAUUUAUCUUAUCCGAAAUUUCUCACUGUGGUCCAUGAAGAAGGAUCCUGAUCUUGAGUCAGCCCUCUCGCGAAACCGAAGAUGGAUAGUCAAUAAUCAAAUCAAGAACAUAAUACUUAGAUACCCGAACCAGGAGGCACCUGUAAAUUAUCUCCAGAAGAAGUUUAAGACGCUUGAUCUUCAAGGAAAAGCUCUCAAUUGGCUUAAGAAGUACCCUUGUUGCUUUUCAGUGUUUCUUGAGAAUGAUGAGUAUUAUUGUCGAUUAACAAAGCGGAUGAUGGCUUUGGUGGAGGAGGAAGAAUCUGUGAAAGAAAUGCAGGAACCUGUAUAUGUUGAGCGGCUAGCUAAAUUAUUGAUGAUGAGCAUGAAUCAACGACUAAAUGUUGUCAAACUUAAUGAGCUGAAAAGGAAUUUGGGAUUUCCAGAUGAUUAUUUGAUUAGAAUUCUACCGAAGCAUCCUGAUAUGUUUCGAAUUGUUAACCAUAGUGGAAGAAAGAGCUCAAUGGAGAUUGAGCUUGUAUCAUGGUGUCCAGAAUUUGCAAUUUCUGCAAUUGAAGCAUCAGCUCAAAAGCAGGGUAGCAAGCCAUGUUUUGCGUGUACGUUACCUUCAACUUGGGUUAAAUCAUGGGAGAGAUUUCGAGAAUUUAAUUCCAAUCCUUAUAUUUCACCUUACGUGGAUCCAAGAGGUUUGUUGGGAGGUUCAAAAGAGAUGGAGAAAAGAACUAUUGGUUUAGUACACGAGUUGCUCUCGCUGACUCUAUGGAAGAAGGUGUCAAUUGUGAAACUGGGUCAUUUUAGAAGAGAGUUCAGUUUACCAGAGAAAUUGAAUGUUUUGCUGCUCAAGCAUCCCGGCAUAUUUUACGUCUCGAAUAAGUACCAGAUUUAUACAGUUCUUCUAAGAGAAGGAUAUAAUGGGACAGAACUGAUUGAGAAGGAUCCACUUGUUGUGGUGAAGGAUAAAUUUGGGGAUCUAAUGCAGGAUGGACUUCAUGAGUAUAAUCAAAGGCACCGUUUACUCAAUCUGGAAAAAAUGAAGAAGAAAGGAAUAGGUUCUGUAAGGUCAGAGAAAAGGAAGGAUAAUAGCAUUAAAGUAUCAGAACAAGAUGAAUGUGAUAGUGGGGAUCUAGGGGGUUUGUUCAACCCUGAAGAAAGAAAACGCUUUUAUAAAGCUCUUCUGGAUGAUGAUGCCCCAUGAAAUAAAUCAUAUAUUUAUUAUUAUUAUUUUGACCAUGAAAUUUUUCACCCUUUCUGAUUGCUAUUUCGGGUCAUUCGCUAUUAAUAAUCUGUAUUCAGAAUGACUGUUAGCUGGUAGUUUUCCUAUCCAAUAAUUGUGGAGAACACAGUAGUAGUUGUGUAAGUAAACGUUAGUGUUGUAUAAAAGUCUCAACCAAAGAUCUAAACAGCUCAAGUUGCUUCAAGUCUCUCAAGAAUAGAAUGUUCUGUCAAUGUCUUAAAGAAAAUGGCAAUUGUAAUUUGUAUUCUCAUGCCGAAUUUUGAAGCUACCAAAUCUAGGUAAGUGUAAAGUCAAAUUAAAUUUAAUGUUUUUUAUUUUUAUUUUUCA